AUGAAGCUCGACGCCAAGGCUCUUCGUUAUCUCACCUCUGAGGAUUUCAGAGUGCUUCAAGGGGUGGAAGCUGGAAGUCGUAACCAUGAAGUCGUCCCCACUCCCCUCAUCUCUCAGCUGUCGGGCCUCCGUGGAGGCAGUGGCGUGCAUCGAUCUAUCUCGAACCUGGCCAAGACGAACCUGAUCGCAAAGGUCAAGAAUGCGAAGUACGAUGGCUAUCGACUCACUUACGGCGGUCUCGACUAUUUGGCGCUGAAUGCGCACCAGAAACAAAAAGUGGUCUACUCAGUCGGUAACCAGAUUGGUGUAGGCAAGGAGUCAGAUAUUGUCGUGGUUGCCCACAGCAGCGGAUCUCAGCGCAUCCUCAAAAUCCACCGUCUCGGUCGUAUUUCCUUCCGAACUGUCAAGACCAACCGCGAUUACCUCCGACACCGAAGCUCAGGAUCUUGGAUGUACAUGUCUCGGCUGGCAGCCAUGAAGGAAUUCGCAUUCAUGAAAGCGCUUAGGGAGAACGGCUUCUCGGUCCCCGAGCCUAUCGCUCAGAACAGGCAUACCAUUGUCAUGGAACUUAUCGACGCUUUCCCGCUCCGUCAGAUCUCCAAGGUGGCCCACCCGGAAGCACUAUACUCCGAGUUGAUGGAUAUUAUUUUGGAACUGGCGCGAUUUGGUCUCAUCCACGGUGAUUUCAACGAGUUCAACAUCUUGAUCAAGGAGAUUGUAGAACCCAGCGACAAGGGAAAGGGAAAGGCUCCCGCGAAUGCGGACGCUGAAGAGUCAGAUGAAAACGUUCGGCUGGAACCAGUGAUCAUCGAUUUCCCACAGAUGGUUUCCAUCGAUCAUGUCAAUGCUGAUAUGUACUUUGAUCGCGACGUCAACUGUAUCAAGCGGUACUUCCAGCGGAAAUUCCACUUUGUCAGCGACGUGCCUGGCCCGUUCUUUGCCGAUGCCAAGAAGAACUUCCUGAAGAACCCUGGUAAGAGACUGGACGUUGAGGUUGAGGCGUCCGGUUUCUCAAGGAAGAUGGCUCGCGAGCUGGAGACCUAUAUGAAGGAGGUUGGUGCUGAUGGCGAUGCUGGUGCUCGUCGCGAUGAUUUGGAUGAUGAGGAGGAGGACGAGGAUGAUGAUGAGGAGGAGGGGGGCUCAGAAGAAGAUGAGGAGGAAGAACAAGAGGAACAGCCCGGACAAAGCAGCACAGAAAUGGAUGAGAGCUCUCAACGGUUAGAGAAGCUGCAGGUCUCCGAGUCAUCAGGGCAGUGA